GUCAGUCCGCGCGCGUCCUCGCCAUGGCUCGGUGGCUGAAGGCUCUGGCGGCCGUGUUGCUGCUCGCCGCCGCCGCGACCGCGCGUAAAUCCCCCGCCCCGAGCAAACACGAACCCCAGAUCGAGGAGGUCACCGCCAAACAAUUGGAGAGAGUGCUGGAAGACAAGGAUUUCGUCGCGGUGUACUGGUAUGCAAGAAGCUGUGUAACGUGUGACAAAGUGCUAGAAGAACUGGAAAAGAUAGAUGACGACACGGACACAUUUGGAGUGGACUUCGUUAAGAUCAACGACAAGCGGCUCGCCAAACAAUAUGGCAUCACGAAAUUCCCCGCCCUCACGUACUUCCGUGAGAAGGAACCGAUCAUUUACGAAGGAGAUCUCAUGGACGAAGAGAGCGUCCUGGAUUUCUUGACGAGUUUAGAAGCAAUGGACCUUCCUGACCGGAUAGAAGAAGUCAACCAAAAGAUCCUCGGGAAAAUCAUCGAGGACACGGACUAUGUAGCCGUUCUCUUCUGUCCUGAUCACAAAAGUUGCGGCCCGUCAAACAAUAAACCGGAGUGUAAAAAAUGUGCGAAGGCUCUGCAAGAGCUGGAGAACAUUGAUGACGAGGCUGACCAACUCGGGAUCGGUUUCGUGAAGAUCCACGACGAGGAACUAGCCGAGGAGUACAAUCUUGGAGACUUGCCAAGACUGGUCUACUACAGGCAUCAGAUACCUAUUAUCUAUGAAGGUGAGCUGAGCAGAGAAGAGGAUGUACUGGAAUGGUUGAUUGCCAACAAAUCUACCGGUGAUGAAGAGGAUAUCAUUGAAGAUGUUACAGCAAAAACUUUGAACACCUUGAUUGGGAACGUGGACAACCUUGUCGUACUCUUCUACGACCACGGCGACGACGAGUCAAUGACGGUCCUAGCUGAGCUCGAGAAGAUAGACGAUGACUGCGACCGCCACGGCAUUCAGUUCGUCAAGAUUGAUGACACUAAGGCGGCUAAGGACUUCGGCAUCGAUGACGUACCAUCCAUCGUCUACUUCGAAAAGCAGAUUCCCAAUGUUUACGACGGUGACCUUGAGAACGAAGAAGAAAUCCUGGAAUGGCUGGUCGAUCAAUUAGAAAAGGAUGAAAUUGAAGAUGUCACCGAUGAAAUGUUGGACCGUCUCAUCAAAGACGGCAAAACUGUCGCCGUGUUAUUUUAUGAUAAUAACGAUCGUAAAUCACAAAAGGUGCUAAACGAACUGGAGAAUAUCGAUGAUGAGUGUGACCAACUUGGUAUUGCGUUUGUGAAAAUUGAUAACGAUGAUGAAGCUCAGGAAUACGGUAUUGAGAAAGUCCCUACUCUGCUUUACUUCGAAAAGGGCAUACCCACCUACUAUGAAGGUAACUUGGAAGAGGAGGAGAAGGUUUUGGACUGGCUCAGACAUCAGAGUGAAAGCGACGAGAUCGAAGACAUCACCGAUGAAAUGUUAGACCUUAUCAUCGACAAAAUGCAGUACGUCGCUGUCCUGUUCUACGACAAGGACCAAAAGAAGAGUCAGAAGAUUUUGGCUGAGCUGGAGAACAUUGAUGACGAAUGUGACCAGAAUGACAUCGCUUUCGUCAAGAUUGAUGAUGAUAAGGAAGCUAAGGAGUACGGUAUCGAGACUAUUCCUACCAUGGUGUUCUUCGAGAGGGGUAUUCCUCACGUAUAUGAAGGUGACUUGAUGAAGGAAGAAGAGCUGUUGGGAUGGCUGCUCCACCAGAAGCGUCACAGCGAGAUCCCUGAAGUCACGGACGAAAUGAUGGACAAACUUAUCGUCAGCACCCCUUACUUGGCCGUGAUCUUCUAUGACAAAGACGACAAACAAGACAUCAGAAUCCUGAACGAACUUGAAAACAUUGAUGACGAACUUGAAAAGGAAGGCAUCGUCAUCGUCAGAAUGGACAAUGAGAACGAAGCUAAAGAGUAUGGUAUCGACCAUUUACCGACACUUGUGUACUUCGAGGAAAACAUCCCCGCGAUAUACGAAGGAGACCUGAUGAAUGAGGAUGAAGUGUUGGAGUGGCUGAUCGAACAGAAGAACAGUGCUACCAUUGAGGAAGUUACCGAUGAGAUCUUGACUGAUCUUAUUGAGGAACAUGAAUAUGUCGUCGUUUACUUCAGCGGCAACUGCGAAGAAGGUGAGGAAUGCGACAACAUCUUGGACGAGUUAGAGAACAUUGAUGACGAGUUGGACGAGACGGGCAUCAUAUUCGUCACCACUGAGGACAUCACGCUCGCCAAGAAGUACGGCAUCAAGACCUUCCCCACGCUCGUGUUCUUCAGGAAUAAGGACCCGCUUAUUUAUAAGGGAGAUAUCGAAGAUGAAGACGAAGUACUGGCAUGGCUGACUGAUGAAGACACACUCGAGAUCCCCGGCAAGAUCGAGGAAGUCAACGGCAGGAUGUUAGAGAAGAUUCUAGAAGAAAACGAUCACGUUGUUGUAUUUUUCUACAAGGAAGGUGACAAGAAGUCCCAGAAAAUCCUGAGCGAGCUCGAAAACAUCGACGACGAAUGUGAAGAGAAAGACAUUGAUUUCGUCAAAACAUCUGAUGAUGGCAUCGAUAAGGAAUAUGACUUAUCGGAUUUACCAGCUUUGGCCUUCUACAGACAUAAGUUCAGGACCAUCUACGAAGGUGACCUGAUGCAUGAAGAAGCUAUUCUCAAGUGGGUGUUAGAACUCCAUAGCUCCCAACCUGAUGUCAUUGAAAACGUAGACAGGAAAACCUUGAAAGAUCUUAUCAACGACGUCGAGCAUCUAGCCGUUUUCUUCUACAGCGAAGAUUGUGACACUUGUGACGAUAUCCUUGAGGAGUUGGAGACCAUUGAUGACGACACAGACAAGCACGGCAUUCAGUUCGUAAAGUCCAAGGACUCUAAGCUGGCGUCGGAUAUCGGUAUUUUCAGCUUCCCAGCUCUCGUUUACUACGAAACAGGUGUUCCUAUCAUGUACGACGGGGACCUUUUGGACGAAUCUGAGGUGUUGGAUUGGAUGGUCAAGCAGAAGGAAGACGAAAGUAUAGAGGAAAUUGAUAGAGACCAACUGUUCAAGUAUAUCGAGACUAAGGAAUUUCUGGCUGUUGUUUUCUAUAAAGAAGAAGAUCCAAAUAGUCCAAAAGUACUUCGACAUGUGGAACUUAUAGACGACGAAGCAGCAGAAUACGGAAUCAAAAUAGUUAAAUGUCACGAUAGGUUAAUGGCAAAGAAAUAUGGAUUCCGCAACCCGCCAGGAAUCACAUACUUUAGGAAAACGAAAGCUAUCAACUACGAUGGAGAUAUCGACGACGAAGAGGAAAUAUUAGAUUGGUUGACCAACCCUGAGAAUAUGGAAUUGACAGAUCAUAUUGAGAAAGUCAACAGAAAAAUGUUUCAGAAGAUCAGACAGACUUCGGAUUACGUAGCAGUAUUCUUUUACAGUAAUGACUGCAAACAGUGCCCUAAAGUGCUGGCAGAGAUUGAGCACAUAGAUGACGAUGCUGAUGACUCUGGUAUUAACUUCGUGAAGAUCGAUGACAGACAGAUGGCUAAGGAGUUUGGAGUGUUUGCUUUGCCUGCUGUGUUGUUCUUCAAAAUGGGCUCUAAGGACCCUGUUAUUUAUGCUGGAGACUUGUACGAUGAACAACAACUUCUGAGUUGGUUAUUAACACAGAAAAACCCCGCUGGUGAUGUCAUAGAGGCCCUUGAAGGUCAAGAUCUGCUAGACUUGAUAGAAGAAUCCGGAUCACUUGCCGUUUACUUCUGGAACAAAACGUUAUGUGAAAUGUGCAAUUCGAAACUGCAGAAAAAGGCAUCAAAAAAGAAAGUUGUAGAACACGAGGAGGAUGAGGGACAAGAUCCAGAGGAUAGUCUCGACUGCGAACAAUGCGCCGGAAUAUUGGAAGAAUUGGAGAAUAUCGAUGAUGACUGCGACAGACAUGAAAUCAAAUUCGUUAAAACUCAGGACUAUUCAAUCGCAGAAUCUUAUGGAGUGACAGAUUUCCCAGUACUGGUGUACUUUGAGAAUAAUGUACCGAAUGUAUAUGAGGGGUCUUUGGCUGAAGAAGAAGAAGUACUGCAGUGGUUGAUUACUCAAAAAACUGAGGAUCGUAUCGAACUCAUUACUAGAGUCAUGUUGGAGAAAAUGGUAGAAGAAACACAGUAUUUGGCUGUAUACUUUUACAAGCUGAAUUGCCACAUAUGCGACCAUAUUCUAGAAGGAUUAGAAAGUAUUGACGAUGAAUGUGAUGUCUACGGUAUUCACAUGGUAAAGAUUCAAGAUCCACAACUCGCUAAAAGAUAUUCAAUCAAGACUUUCCCGGCUAUGGUAUAUUUCAGGAACGGUAACCCUCUUCUAUUUGAAGGUGAUUUACAAAAUGAAGAGUCUAUUCUCGAGUGGCUCAUUGAUGAUGACAAUAGGGAAUUGGCUGAUGAAAUCGAGUCUGUUAACGAUAGGAUGUUAGAGAGAUUGCUUUACGAAUCGCAUCUGUUGGUUGUCUUUUUCUAUGAUGACGAAGACUGUGCGGAAUGUGAAGAAAUUCUGGAAUCUCUUGAACAAAUAGACGGCGAAGUUGAUCAAUUUGGUAUAGAUUUCGUCAAAAUCGCCAGUGCUGAAGCCGCUGCUACUUACAACAUCGUCAACAUACCUUCUUUAGUUUACUUCCGCAAGCAAAUACCGAUGUUAUACGACGGUGACCUCCAUCAAGUGGACAGGAUCUUGCAGUGGUUGACAUCUCAGGACGUCUUUGAGAUCAAAAACGAAAUUGAGGAGGUGAACCGCAAGAUGUUGGACAAAUUGUUGGAAGAGAACGAAUUCUUGGCUGUUUAUUUCUAUGAGAAAUCAACAGAAAGCCGUGCGGUAUUAGACAAAUUGGAGAACAUUGACAGCGAAACUGACAACUUGGACAUAACAUUUGUGAAGAUGCAGGACCCGCGGUACGCUCGCAAGUGGGGAGUCACCAAGCUGCCGGCUAUCGUGUACUUCAGGAAGAGAUUCCCUAGCAUAUACAGAGGAGACCUCAUGUCCGAAGACGAAGUGCUUGAGUGGCUCCGAAAGAACAGGUUCCGACAGCCGGAGCUGAACAUCUUCAUGUACGCUCUGAUAGCGCUGUCAAUAGCGUUCGUGAUGUACACAGCAUUCUUGCUGCAGUGCUUCAAGCCGGCGCCGCCCGCCCCCGCGCCGCAUCCGAAGCAGGCGUGAGUCGCGCUACUCUUCGUCAAUUUAUUGUGACUUUCAGGCCUCGAGCCUCAUCCAACCGACUUCGACACAUGAUCACUUUAGUCCUUGGCCAUCCACCGAUACACUCUCCAAACAUGGACUAAGGAUCAGCUUAGACGUUUACGUUCUUGGGAUCAAACUUUUAUAGACAUUUUUAGUGGACGACGAAAACACUGGAUAGAAACAAAAUAAAGUUUUUUUUUACAUGAUCGGUUUGGUGGUGACCUUCAUUUUCUUGUUCAAAGGCAUUUUGAAGUACGACCGUUUCGUUAAGACUGUAUUCUCGGUAGAAAUCUGAAUGGAUAUUGUGUGAGAUGUACCGUUUUCCAUUAUCCAAUCCGUGUUUAUGAUACAAUGAAUUUCACCGAUAAUGUCUUCUUGUUACUUAAUGUCUUUAGCCUUUUAGGUUUCGUUGAGCCUUUGUUAAGUUUGUGUUUGAGUUUUCUGAGCUCUCGAACAAUGUUCACUGUUCAAUAAAAAUCGUAUAUUAUUUUUGGAAUUUUUAUUAAGACUUGAGUGUAGCAAAGUUGUCGUUAAAAAUAAUUCGGUGAUAAAAUGUCGUCGUGUGUUUAAACUGCCUCGUAAAUUGGUGUUCAAAGUUUAUGUAACAAUGAAAAUUUUAUAGUUGUUUAGUCGGUGAUUUUGUUUUAGAGCUCAUUUUUUUCGAGUGACUGUCCAAUGGGCGGGAGCUGGACUGACGCCCGCAUGAUACUACGAUACUUCAUUUGUUUAUUUAUUACUUACAUUUUGUAUUUCAUUGUUGUGACACAUUAGUUACAUCGACGCGACGUUUAGAUAUUUACAUUUAUUGUAAAAUCGUUGAUGAUUGUGUUGUUUAUCGAUAUUAUUUUUCUCAUUUUUCCUUUCUCAUCAAAACUGUGUCAUUUUACCAAAUCUCGAGCCAUAAUUACAUCUUAGUCAUAUUUUAACGACGGUUAUCCUUCAUGAUAAUUUUCUUCGAAACGAUUUUAUAUCCCUACUGCAAAAUCAUCAAUGUAUCAUAAAGUAACGUAGUAACAUGCCCGAUAUACUCUGUAUCAUUCCCGCUCGUAUUGUAUAUUAUUGUGUAUAAUUAUAAUGAUACCUUCAUUCAUGAAACGUAAGGACUAUUGUCGCUAUGAACGCACAAAUGUUUGGACGAUACCAAGCUUAAUGACGGCAUCAACACAUGAACUGUGCGUUUCAACCUAGAUUUUGUACGAUUCAAGCUAUCUCUUGUACGAUUCAAACAAUCUUUUGUGCAAUUCAACCAAUCUUUUCUGCAAUUCAACCAAUCUUUUGUGCGAUUCAACCAGUCUUUUGUACAAUUGAAGCGAUCUUUUGUGCGAUUCAACCAAUCUUUUGUACAAUUGAAGCGAUCUUUUGUGCGAUUCAACCAAUCUUUUGUACAAUUGAAGCGAUCUUUUGUGCAAUUUAACCGAUCUUUUGUGCGAUUCAAACAAUAUUGUGUAGUGUUUGAUGUCCGUCAUUGUCGUAUUUUUGUGUGUUCAUAGCCGAGUAAAUAAAAAAAUAAUGCUCAAAUGAGUCGUGCGCUAAGACAUGCGCAUUCGUUAAUGUUAACGUUGUAUAUAAAAUGUAAAUAUAUAAAAUAAAUAAAAAUAGUAAAAUAA